AUGAUUGAAUAUGCGGAUCCAAAAGCAGUCCCUAAUGAUUGGCGCACUAGACAGCCAGGCUGCGCCAUUUGGUGCAUCAUUGCGAUUCCUCGUGUGAUCCUGUUAGCCAUAUCUUAUAGCCUUCUCUACAUCUUCAGCCCUCUACGCCCAAACACCCAGUGGACCUACACACAGGCCCUUCGGACACAGCUCAUCAAAACCGCCUUUAUCAUCAUCAGAGAAAUUGGCUUCACCCAAUCGCUGACACUGGAAGCCGGGGACACGGGUGAUAAAUGGGUGACUAUUCAGCCAGCUGCAGCGAGUGCAUACCGUGGGCCGUUUGCCAGCAACCAGAAUGUUAAACCGGAUGUUAUUGGAGGGACUUGGUAUCCAGAUGUACCACCAUCGCCAAAACAGCGGUCAGACGGCUGCGAUAGCGAUGUUGAUAACAGUGUUGUCGUUCUGUCUUUCCAUUCGGGAUCAUUCCUGUGGCUCACAGGACGGCCAGAAGAUUCCGGGGAUGUUGCUGAAAUGACCAACGAAGCACUAGGUCCCGGUACACGCUCAUUCUGGCCCCAAUAUCGGCUUGUAGGGGACAAGAAAACCCUAGCCGGCUACCCAGCACCCAUGCAAGAUGCAAUCACUGCGUAUAUAUAUCUCGUCAAAGAUCUCGGCAUCUCCCCGCUCCGCAUCGUUCUCGCCGGCGAUUCUUCUGGUGCCACCAUCGCGCUAGCUCUCGUGCGCUACUUAGGACUUUUCAACACGCUCGCCUCGCCGCAGAACGCUGAUGUCGAAUCAGAUUUCAAUCUUGCCAACCUCCCACUGCCCAGGGUAUGUCUUAUGUUCUCGCCAUCGCUCGAGUACUGUCUCGAAGGUGACAAAUCCGCUAUCCUACGAAAUCGAAAUUGCGAAACGGACUAUGUCGAUGCCCCACUAAUGGCGUGGGGAGCAGCAGCUAUUGCGCCGCCGGAAUUUGUGCGACUGGAUGAUCCAUAUCUGUCACCGGCGCUGUAUCCGUUUGCGACGCCUGUGGCGCUAUUUGUGCAGGCAGGAGGCGCCGAAGUGCUUUGUGAUAGUGUCAGGGGUGCCGCGGAGCGGUAUCGUGCGGUACCGGGGAAUGUAGUUGAGCAUUUGGAGGUGCCAGAUACACCGCAUGAUGUUGGAUCGUGGGACAUCUCACCAUGA